AAACCUCUUCAAUUAUCUCAUAACCAAAACUUCCUCUUCUCAUAAAAUAUUUCAGCUUUUCCUUCAACCAAAAAAACCAAACUUAUUACCAUGGCUACAACUAAGAACAAAAACCUCACAAUUACUGAACAAGUUUAUGUUAGAGUUCGUCUUGCAAAUGAAGCUGAUAUUUCCCAUAUAUACAAGCUCUUUUACCAAAUUCAUGAAUAUCAUAAUUACACUCAUCUUUACAAAGCCACUGAAUCUUCACUUUGUGAUCUUCUUUUUAAAGCAAACCCUAAUCCUCUCUUUUAUGGACCCUCAGUUCUUUUACUCGAAGUUUCGCCAACCCCUUUUGAAAAUACCAAAAAAGAUGAAAAAUUCAAGCCAGUUUUGAAAACAUUUGAUCUUAGAGCAACAGUUGAGGACAAAGAAGCUGAGGAAUUUAAGUCCAAAUCAUGUGGAGAUGAAAAAGAAGAUGUUUUUAUUGCUGGAUACGCGUUCUUUUACGCAAAUUAUUCGUGCUUUUAUGAUAAAGCUGGGAUUUAUUUUGAGAGUCUUUAUUUUAGGGAGAGUUAUAGGAAGUUAGGAAUGGGGAGUUUGUUGUUUGGAACUGUUGCUUCUAUUGCUGCAAAUAAUGGGUUUGCUUCAGUUGAAGGAAUUGUGGCUGUUUGGAACAAGAAAUCUUAUGAUUUUUAUGUUAAUAUGGGAGUUGAAAUAUUUGAUGAAUUUAGGUAUGGGAAAUUGGUUGGUGAUGCUCUACAAAAAUAUGCUGACAAGGAGAAGGUUUAAUUUGAUGAAAAUAUACAAUUUUAGCACUUGUUUUGUGGAGGUGGGAUUUACAAUUUGUUAUUUCUUUGCCUAUUGUACAAGCAACAUGUUGAAUACUAUGUAUUAUUUGUAUUUUAAGAAAUUUGGAUGAAUAAACAUUAUGUUAUUACUAAGGUUUUCACAAGGAUAUAAAUUAGCAGUUUUUCUUC